GAUGUUGACGACGAAGAGGUGCGCCGAGAUAACUCAGGCGCCCAAAUAGCCCCGUUGCCAUGGAAACACAUGAGCGCUCAACCACCAGGACACGCACAGGCACAGACACACGGCCUGGCACCACCACCAAACAAACGGUCCAGACCAACGUCUCUGUUGCAUGUCGAUGUGCAAGUGGAUGCCCAGGGGGUGGUAUGGUUUGUGUAG